AUGAGAGGCGUGCACCUACCUGACAUUCCACUGCUCUCUGUAAUAAAGCUAAUUAGUGGACUUCCCUCCCAGGUGCCUGAGGGGAGGGUGGUGGUCCUGUCCUUUCGCUUCAUCGACCUGGAGAGCGACAACCUGUGCCGCUACGACUAUGUUGAUGUUUACAGCGGCCAUGUGCGCGGGCAGAGACUCGGACGCUUCUGUGGGACCUUCAAACCGGGAGGGCUGGUUUCCACUGGCAACAAGAUGCUCCUGCAGAUGGUCUCGGAUGCAAACACAGCUGGGAGUGGCUUCCUGGCUGUCUUCUCUGCUGCCCACCCACAUGAGAGAGGUGAGCAGUACUGUGGAGGCAGGUUGGACAAACCCACGGGGAGUUUCAAAACACCAAACUGGCCGGAGAAGGAUUACCCAGCUGGAGUCACCUGCGCCUGGCACAUAGUGGCCCCUAAGAACCAGAUUAUUGAAAUCAAGUUUGAGAAGUUUGAUGUGGAGAGAGAUAACUACUGCCGCUACGACCACGUCUCCAUUUUCAACGGGGCGGAAAUCAACGACGCCAAGAGGAUUGGGAAAUACUGCGGAGACAGCCCCCCAGCGCCAGUGUUUUCAGACGGGAACCAGCUGCUCAUCCAGUUCCUCUCCGACCUCAGUCUCACCGCAGACGGCUUCAUCGGACACUAUAAGUUCAGACCAAAGAAAUUCAUCACCACCACGAUGCCACCCACCACUACAACGCAGCCAGUCACCACCAGGCCCAUACGUAGGUAUCAACUUUCCUCCAAUACGAUCCUCCAGAGGGCUUCUAACAUCUGUCUUUGUUGAUGUAGCUAUGAGGAAUACUGGCUGACUGGUCGACUGCAUUCUCUUUAUCAGUCAUGAGGGACAACUG